AUGUACUAUCGUGUACCGACCACAAUCGCAGCACAGCAGGAUUCAUUGGCGGCAUGGAAUUGUGCACAGCGAUGUGCGAGCGGCGGCGACGUUGCGGCGAUGCGUGUCGCGAUUCUUCGCCCCUCGGAUUAUGUAGAGGUGGACGAAGACGAUCCGUUUUUCCCACGUACAAACGACUCCAUGAUACCGGUGGAUAUUUAUGGAACCCAUGUUUUUAAUCCACGAACGAGAGAACGCACGGAGCCAUCCACGAAUACCACAACUGCCACCGGUAAUGGGUCCGGAGAUGAUCAAACGGCUCCGCUAUGGAACACAGCUAGUGCACCUCCAGCGUCAAGGUUGGUGAAAAUAUGAGA